CUUUCCAUAGUAGUAUUCGUAAUUUUGUUAUGGACCGGACCGUGGUAGAUGCUAAAGCCGUGCUUACUAAUACCGUGAACAUGUUUUCAAAAACCAAUGUCUUACAGCAUAUAUGUGCUUGAGAAUUGAUCUGAACUCCGUCUGUAGAGCGGGAUCAUAACAGACAGAGCUGAUCUUCUCCAGUGAUUCUGAGAGCUGAUCUGAGCCUACUUUGAACCUACAUCUGAAGCUCACAUUAGUUUCUCAUCCAGCUGUACAAUUAAACCACACAAUGCCUUUGAACCCGAGUCGCUUUAGAGCGAAGGAUCGCAGUGGCAGCAGCAGCAGCGUUAUGGGCUGGCCUGAGUUUCUGUCCGUGAACGUCCCGCCACGAAACAACAGAGCGUGGAGAAGAUCCGGCCAGUCCCGAUCCCAGCAGAACCAGCAGAGUGAGAACCUGCCAGAGCCGGGUGAGAGCAUGAAGGAGCGCAGAGAGGCGACCAGGCUGCCGGAUGAAGACUGCAUGCUGCUCAAUCCGUCCUUCAGAGGCAUCGCCAUCAACUCACUGCUGGCCAUCGACAUCUGUCUGUCCAAGCGUCUGGGUGUGUGCGUCCACACCACAUCCUCAUGGGGCAGCAUGCGCUCUGCGGUCACUCUACUGGCUCUGACGGGUCACGGCAUCACCUGGAUCUGUGGGACUCUGGUGUGUCUCACUCAGAGUAACACGCUGGCUGGACAAGAGGUCCUGAUCAACCUGCUGAUAGCGCUGAUUCUUGAUGUUCUGACUGUGGCCGGGGUUCAGAAACUGGUCAGGCGCAAAGGACCAUGGGACAUAAGUCCCGGCUUUCUGGACUGUGUGGCUCUGGACACGUACUCGUUCCCGGCUGCACAUGCCAGCAGAGCAGUCAUGGUGUCCAAGUUCCUCUUGUCCCAUCUGGUGCUGGCCGUCCCGCUGCGGGUCCUGCUGGUGCUGUGGGCCGUCCUGGUGGGCUUGUCCCGCGUUCUGCUGGGCCAACACCACCUGACGGACAUGGCGUGCGGCUUCGCCCUGGGCUUUCUUCACUUCAGUCUGAUGGAGACGGUGUGGCUGUCGUCUGGAGCCUGUCAGACGCUCAUCUCCAUCGGGACCUUCAGCUGGGGCUCCAUCCGUUAGACUGCAAACACAGAAGAAUUUGUUUACAUGCUGAGUCCGAAUGCAUAAUCCAGUAUUUGUAGGAUUAAACACAUACUGUGCCUCAGUCUUUCAGAUCAGAUGCACAGUGUAAAGUACAAAUGCAGUCCUGAUUUUACAUGCUGGAAGAAACGAGCAGUCGCAUUAUAAGUUCUGUUAGUUAUGAUUUCAUUCACUCUGAAAAGAUGCAUUUGUGCUUGGGUAUUUUUAUAUUGCAUGCAGAAGCACUGAAUUUGACUGUACAGUUGAGUUUGGACUCUUUCUCAGUCUAGUUUUCACUUCUUAAUUCUGCAGAACUGAGGUAUCUUAAAGGGGAAGUUGCAUGGACAGGAAGUAAGUGCUAAAAGUGUUUUUGUCCUGAUAAACCACUGACAUUUUUAGAAUGUCUUCAACAUUUGAAGAUUAGUUAAUUGCAGCACCAGUGUAAUUUUGAAAGAAAAAAUAAUAAUUUUUGGGAUUAUUAUAAGAGCAUCCGAAGCGAAAAGACCCAUUUUUUUGCUUCGUGAUUUAAUAGCCCCUGCAUUUAAUAGUAAAUGUGUGUGUAAAGCAGUUGUGUGAUACCAUCUCAAAUUUGAUCAGGACUUACUAACAUUUCAGUUUUCCAUCAAGAUGUAUUUUUUUCAGGAUAUUGUCUGGUUUUCUUUGUGUGCAUGAAUUAAAUUUGACAUGUAUUGAAUCAGUAUUUUUUUGUGAUAUCAAAGUACUGUAAUGACUCCUGCAAUAUUCACUUGAUCUCUUACUUUUGUAUUUGACACAAAAAGGAACUAGUGACAUGAUUCUGUACUUCACAUAUUUGUACUAAUAACUGACUGUUACAUGAGACCUGUGACACUCUUUGCUGACAAAUCAAGUGUGUGUUUAAUAAUCCAUAAUAACGCUUCCUCCGGUGAAAAAGUGUUCUGAAUCAGGGGAGAAAUCUGCACAGAUCAGGCAAUGUUUACAAGCCAUUUCCAAACAAACAUGUGGGUGGAUAUUGAUGUGAGAAACAACAGAAGAUGUUAAUUGAUGGACUGAAGUGGUGUGGAUAACAUUGUGAUGUUUUUAUCAAUUGUUUGGACUGUCAUUCUAACGGCACCCAUUCACUGCUGAGAAUCUAUUGGUCAGCAAUGGAAUGCAACGGUUUCUCCAAAUCUGAUGAAGAAACAAACUCAUCUUCACGUUCAUGAAGGUUGAGGACAUUUUUAGCACAUUUACAUUUUUGUGUGAACUAUUCCUUUAAGUAUCCUGACACUUCAUGCAGUCACUGUUUCACCACUAAGCAGCAUAAAAUAAAUGAUUUGUGUUUUUGUGAA